AUGGAUAAAUAAAUUAUUAAUUCUAAGCAAUCUGCAGUUACAACUAAAAUAUAAAUUCCUCAUCGAACAACUGCAGAAUAAAUUUACAUUAAAAGAUUAAAAGAAACAGAAGCUUUUAUACCUAAAGAGGAAUUCAUACAGAAAUAGGAAAAGAUCAAUAAGGCUAUGGAAUCUCAAUCAAAAAUACCUCUCAAAUAUUACUCACAUAUCAAUGAAAUUAGAUCGGUUAAAGAGUUUCUUUAUAUCUCAGAAAAGCUUAAGCAGAAAAAUAUUGAGAGAAAAAUGAAUGAAAGAUUGGAAUUGAGGGGAAAAUUGAAUAAAAUUAAAGAAAUAGAAGUGUUGAAAAAACUUUAAUACUAUAUCGAAAAAAAAAUUAGAUUGUUCAUUAAAGAUAGAUAACAUGAGGAGAAUCCUUAAAUGAAAACAUUUGAAGCAUUCAGGAUUGCCCACAAGGAUGACAAACGUAUUAUGCAAUUUCCUCCAGAGUUUUAAUAGGAAAUCUUCUAAAAAUUGGAUAAUCAACCUAAUAUUAUUCAACCCAAUCCACAAAAACAAAAGAUGACUUCAACAAAUUCAGAUUAACAAUUAUAAAAAAAAAACUCUUAAUUUGAUUUGUUUAGCAGUGAAUUUUCAGAGAGUAUCAAUUAAAACACAAAUGAUGAAGGAUCUAGCAAGUUUUUAACUUUAAAAGUGGCCAAUAAACUUUUGGGAAUGAUGAUUGUAGAAUCGAGUAAGGGAAAAAGACAACCAAUCAUUUGGGCUCAAGAUAAAAGAAAAGAACUAGAAGGCAUUCUCAAUAAACCCUAUGGAGGUAAGAUGAACUUUAAUGUUCACUCUUUCAAUUGGUUGAUUGAUAAUGCCUUAAGCAGAUCUUAAUCGUUGAUGUCUAUUAAUAAAAGAUCUGCAAAUCGAGUUGUCAGUAUGGAUGAAAGACUUGAAUACUAUUCUCCAGCAAAUAACCAUAAAGAAAUUUAAAGCAAAAUAAAUUAAGGAAUACAAUAAAUCACUAAAACCUUCUAUUCGAGACCAAGAUCGACGAUUAUAAAUAAGCAAAGAAAAGAAUUAAAAAAUAGGAAACAAGUGACCACUGAAUAUAACAUUACUGAAAGAAUAAAAGAAAAUAUCACUUCACAAGCUCUGAGAAAUUCUAACAUACAAUCCUAAUAAAAAACUGAAAGUAUUUUCUUCCAAAAUGAUUCCUACGUUAAUCAUUAUAUUUGA